AUGAAAAAUGAAAGAGAAGUUCUGGAAGUUUACUUAGUUUUGCUGUCAUGUAAAUUGUUUAUCAAAACAGGAAGAAGUAGAAAGUUUGGAGGAAUAUCUGUUCUUUUGGCUAAGGAGAAAGUCUGUCAAAAAGAGCGUGAAAACCAAGAAAGAGCUAGAUUAAUGGAGAUGGCCAUAGAAGAGAUCAGUACAAGAGAUCCCGGGGUACUUCAGGAAAUUAUCAGAAUUCAUCAGCUAAAGCAAAAUAUUGCAACAGCAGGAACUCAGAGAAGCUCAAAUAAUGAGCCAUUUAAACUGAUAUGCCCAAUGUGUAGAACUGUUGAAAUACAGGGUUCAGAUGUUAGAAAUAUCAUGGGAAAAUAUUUUGUACCUGUAGACAGGGCAUUGUUUGAUGGCCUUAAAAUCAAAUGCAAAACACAUGCACCUGAACCUAUGGAUGGACUAGAAUUUGUUGGUGAGAUAUUUUGCAAUGGUGACACAGAACCAGGAAAAAAAUGUGGCCACAAACUUGGAAUAAUGAUAAAGUAUGGCAGUGUUCCAUACUUGUCAAUUAAAGCUGACAAGUUUGGUUUUCUCUUUGGGAACAUGACUAUCCCUAAAAUCUUCAAGAGAUGGAAACAAGCACAAGAAAAAUUGUAUAUAGCAGAACUGACAAAAGAUGAUAUUAAAAGGUACAUUCAACUUACUGAUGAAGAUUUUGCUGGUUUGCAUGAAAGUGAUGAAGAGACAUCAAGCAGUGAUGAUGAGUGAAAGAUCUGAAAAAUUUGUUUUAUGUUAUUUUAGCCAGUGAAAUGAGUACUCUAUUGUAACAUUUGAAGUACGAAACAUUAAUUGGCAGUAUCGUCUGCUGAAAUAUUUUAAGUUUUAGCAUCAUUUGAAUUUCAAAUAGUUUAGAAAAUAAUUAUCCAUUGUAUUUAAAAACUCACUUGUAUAACUUAGUUGUAUUCACCCUAAGUUGAAAUUCACACAAUUUGAGUGUCCUUAUAAACCAAGGACAAUAACUGUGUUCAUUAGGGACAGAAAUUACAAAUCAGAUUUAAAUUAAAGAUGUUUGCACUACUUUAUAGUAGCACUUAGUAAAGCUUCUCUCUAGUUUUAGCUUGUUUUAUAAUGUUUUAUUUUAAUUGAUGUAACUGUUCCUACACUCAACUAUAUUUAUUUACAUAUUUUAAUUUAUUUACAAUAAACACCUCCAUGUAAAUAGGAAAACAGCAAACUGGGUAUGGUGAAUAUAAGACUAAGUAAUGUGUUAGGUUAAUGGUUUUGGAGGCUAAUAAGAGAGUUAAUUGUUUAUUUUAAAGAUUUUCCAGUAACUAGAAAAUAUUUUUUUAUAUUGUCUAUGUACACAACUACUCUCCACAAGUGUUUGGCCUUCUAAUUUGUGUAUUUAAAAUUAAAAGGAUUAGAAUCUAUAUACAUUUUAAUAGUCUAAUUUUAUUUGGAUUUUUAAUGCAUCGCAUAUACUUUACUAAACAAUGUGGUAAUUUGAAAAUGUAUUGCAAUACUGUUUUUCUUAGUGUUGAUGUUCAAAUUCAUCCAGAGAACUGAUUGCCAAAAUGUCAACACAGUGCAAGAACAUCUAAGUUUCAUUGCAUGGUUCCCAGAAAAAUGCGCAAACACAAACUAAUUAUACCAAUCCACUUUAAUUUUGUCACAGUUGGUGAAAAAAUGUGUUCUUGUACUCCAGUGUACAUUUUAAUGUCUUUAAAAGCUCGAUUUAAAAAGAAAAAAAAUGUCCUUGUGCACUUUAUUUGUGCACUUUUUCAUUGUGCAUCUUUCUUGUCACCUCAUUGCAUGAUGCAUAUUGUGUUUCUCCACUAGAUGGUCCUAUAAUUUGCAUUUUGUUUCAUUUCAUUCCAGCAGAUCAAACACUAAAAUGCCCAACAACAAAAAAUCUUGUAUGAAAAUAUUGUUGUUGUGACUUCUCUAUUACGAGAGUAUCAUAAUUGAGAUAUCUCUUGAUUAACCAUUUUUCAAAAUAAUAAAAGUUUUAUUUAACAAAAUAUAUUGUUUUUA